CUUUGGUCGGCGGAUGGUGGUAUUUGAACCGCCGAAACGGUUCACGGGUUGGAUGUCGAAGGUUGCUUGGUUCAUGGUCGUGAUUAUGGGAGAGGAGGGAUCGAUUAUGGUCCGAGACGAGGUACAGGCGCAAUGGAAAUGCGCGGACCCUUGGCACUGGGAUUGGAAUGAAAGCCAAGGGCUAAUCUCAGAUAUCCGGUUGAAUAGGCCGUGCAAAUGCGCUUGUUAGUCCGUCUGAAAGGCGAACUGGGCCUUGAUGCGCCAAUAUCAGCGUCCCUAGCUGAGGGCGGCCCAGGGCUAAUAAUGAGCCGUAGAGAUCCCGCGCUACCCUGACAAUCGUCGCAAGACUUUGAGACUGGACGUAGCUGUAGUACUGCCGAACCACCACCCAGAAGUAAAGGGUGCAAUAUCUCCUAUUAAUGUCGAGUCUAAUCGUUGAAGACGAAUUUGACCGGAUCGAGCGCAAACAGCUCAAAGGAGCUCUGGCGCUCGGGGAAAAAGGCGCCGGCCGAUUGGCUCCCGUUCCCCACCAACGUUGUGCUUUGCACGCCCCCGCGUACACUCUCCAUCAACGACGAGCUUGGGUCACUGCUUGAAACAGUCUGCAUACUUUUCCCCCUUUCAUUUUUUUUUCUGGUCAUUCCUGUCCGUGACCUCUUGGCAGCUCCAUCAUGACUUCCCGCAUUGACAAAACCAUCGCCCGCCAGCGAGAAAAGAUCGCGGCGGGAGCUUACUACGAGGCACACCAGCAACUACGUGUCAUUGCUGCGCGCUACAUCAAGCAGUCCAACUACGAUGCGGCCGCGGAAAUACUGGCGGGCGGAGCGACGGCUCUGUUGAGGGCUGGUUCUCAGCAGGGUGCGUCGGCCAGCGGUGGUGAUCUGGCGAUUAUGUUGGUUGUGGACGUCUAUAACAAGGCCGAGUGGGAGAUUCAGGGGAGUGAUAAUGAUACGGAGGGCCGGGCGCGGAAGAAGCGUCUGAUUGAGCUUCUGCGCGAAUUUCCGUCGGAAGAACCCACGAGGAAGCGCUAUAUCCAGGAGAUGAUCGGGUGGAGUGGACGGCAUGGUCCUUUGGAGCGUGGAGAUCCCGAGCUACACCAUGCUGUUGGCUCAGUCUACGCGGAAGAUAACGAACCGUACGAUGCCGAGAGACACCUGAUACUGGGAACGUCCGAGUCCGCAGAGACGCUGGCGAAACUCGAGUACGAGUGGUACACGCACGAUGAACCGCACACGGCCGCCCUGUAUGCCUCGCGCGCAGUCUUCCCUUACCUCUUAACCGGCAACAUCCGCAGCGCAAACAAGGCCCUCCUCAUCUUCACCUCUCGGCUUUCCACUGCGAACCCUGCCCUGGGUGUGCAGACCGUAAGCAGUUCCAGCUCGGACAUUCGUCUCUUCCCUGCCCUCCCGCUGCUCAACUUCCUCAACCUGCUGAUGCUUACUAUUCAGCGCGUGAGUGCGGAUAUGUUCAAGCAGCUGACGGCGCAUUAUGCGGCGCAGAUCCGGGAGGUGGGUAUUUGGGACGAUUUCCUGGCGCAGAUUGGGGAGCAGUACUUUAAGAUCAAGGUUCCCCGGCAAGGGAACCCGCUCUUGGAUAUGAUGGGCAGCAUGUUGUUCGGCGGUGGUCAGGGUCAGGGUCAGGCUCAGGUUGGAGGGAGAGCCACGAAGAAGGUCGAGGCUCCUCCUUCAAACAUGGAGCUUGACUAGAGGCCGACGGAGAUGCUUGAAGAGAAGAGAAGCUUGCAGCUUGCAGCUUGACCUGGUAGUGGACAUACCCAAUUGACGGUGUAAUGACUUGAACAAUGGUAUAACAGCGUGUUGAUCGAAACAUGGACUUAGAAUCGUACAUCUCUCUCCGGUUCGAACAUCCAAUUGUCGUCGUCCAGGGAAGCAACUUUUUUGCGUAGACUCUGGUGGACAAUAUUUAAGAUUUCUAGCAGCAGAAGAAAUAAUCAGCAAAUCCG